GCGAAGCCAAGCUAAAGCGAAGCCCUUGUGUGAUCGGUGCCAUGGCCGAAGCCUUCAAGAUACCUCCAGGAGCAGGGGGCUAUGUGACAUCUGCGCCGACUUUGCUGCAGGCCCAGCCUCAGCGAGAUCUCACCCAACUUCUGACCGAGGUGGCUCGGCAAAGAGAGGAGGCUGCACAACUACGACUGAGAGUGAUGCAGGCACCUCCGAAGCCCAAGCAGGACGAUCACCUCUUCCACUGGCCACGAGGACCCACCAAGCCACCGGACACCGGAACCUCUGGUGCACCGGAGGGGCUCGCUGAGGCCCGUGCCAAGGUGGGCAAGACCGAAUUGAAAUUGCCGGAGGGGGUUGACCGCUCCAGCACCAAUGGGAAGGCACGUCCCAAAGCCACGCCCAAAACGGGCCGGAGGCCAAGCCCCAAGCGACCUGCGCGGGGCACACGGCCUGAGGACGAGCGCUGGAGCGCGCCGCGGCGCUCGCGGCCCGUGUCCCCCAGCUCACCGGGAAGGAGUUCCCAGUCGCCUCACCCUGCGCCACGGCUUUGCAUCAGCGUGCCAGAACACAGGCUCAGACCACCCGAGCCGCAGUUCCUCUUCAGUUUGCCCUUGCGGGUACACUCAGGUCCGAAGAAGCUGGUGGACUUGAGCUUCCGUCGUUCAGGAUCCCCUUCUCGGACUGAAGCGAUGCCUGACUCACCGAGGAGUUUCAUGUGGUCUGCGCUAGAGCACGCCAAGACGGAGGUGCCUGCCACACCACAAGAUCGGAGUCCACAGCGUUAUGCCACAGGCACAUCAGUGCAUUCGAUGGCCACGCUGAGGCCGCAAGCACAGCUUCAGCCGAAGCUUCAGCCAGCAGUUCAGCCGGCCACACCAACUCAAGGCCUCUCAGUGGCAUCGCCCGCACCAACUCUCUCUCCGCGUAACUUCGUGUGGAACGGCACUCCGGUCUCGCCGGGGGCUGCUUUUGUGCCGGGCAUGGCUGUCCCACAGGCUGCUCGCAGCGUCUCGCCGGUGGCUCGGCCAAUGGCUCCCUACACAACUGUGCAGGUCCCACAGAUGCGACCGGUGUCUCCCAGUGUGAUGAGAUGAGAUCGGUCGACCGAGCGUGACGUCGUUGCAAGAGAAGCAAAGACAUGUGCUUUUGGAAUCUUUUGGGG